AUGACCACCCACCCGUCUUUUAUUGAGAUUGCCGUUCAGCACGUACAGCACAGAGCCAGUCUGCAGGCAGCACGCCUCACCCAGUACUGGCUGAGCAAUGACAGGGAAAAAGAUCCCACCGCUGUGCAGGAUCCCAAGCCCAUCAGCAACAGUGACGACGGGGCCCUUCCGGCACUGGAGGUGGAAGCAGACGACCAGGAUUCCCAUAUGCUCGAAGUGCUGGUGAUAGAUGAGAGGUCCCUCAUGCCAGAGCGAGUGAUGGAGGCGACCAUGGAGAUACUGUCGUGUGCCAACAGGAGCAUGGCUGAUGGUGGCAGCCAUGGACAGGGCUCCAACGAUAGCUAUAGGAGCCAGAAGCGCACCACCAGCAGCACAGCGGCCCUGGCUCUAUGGGCUGCUAACACGCGGCUGCAACUGGCCCAUCAGAAGGACAUCACACAUACUGUGCAAUGUGUAUGCUCUCGCAUAUGCAUUGAAGUCAUCAUCCUUGCAGCACUCCCUGAUGAGGAGCUGGAAAAGGAGCCUUGGGCAGCCUUCACCUGA